AGGAGAACGGCGGCUCUCUCGGCCAACGGACUUGCUUCCCACCGCGCUGAGACUCCUGGGAGGAGAAUUUCAGUUUUUUGGCUUUUGGUUUUGUUUUGUUUUGUUUUCCUUCUUGGAUAGAAGUAGCACCCUAAUCCCUGGGCUUCUGUGCCGUUUAGCAUGUGCUUUCCUGGAUCUCAAGGCCCAUGGCCUACCUUUCUCUGUCCAGGCAGCUCUGGGAGAGUAGAAGAGUGUCUCACCCAUCUCUGAAAAGGAGAUUCCCCAGUACUAAGAACCGGGAAUGGAGGUUUUCUGAAGACAAACGUUUUCCUAAAAAUGGAAGAGGCAGAAAAAGACCCAUUAUACCAUCAGUGCAGGCCUGCCUUUGUGACGUGGCCCAGUCUACCUCAGCUAUGGAACAGGCCUUGACUGGUGAGGCCCAAAGCCGGUGGCCCCGCAGAGGCGGGAGUGGGGCCAUGGCUGAGGCGCCUGGGCCCAGUGGCGAAUCCCGAGGACACUCAGCCACUCAGCUGCCAGCGGAAAAAACUGUCGGGGGACCAUCGAGGGGCUGCUCAAGCUCCGUGCUCAGAGUGUCCCAGUUGGUGCUCCAGGCCAUCUCCACUCACAAAGGGCUGACUCUGGCAGCUCUCAAGAAGGAGCUCGGAAACGCCGGCUACGAAGUGCGCAGGAAGAGCGGCAGCCACGAAGCGCCCAGGGGGCAGGCCAAGGCCACGCUCCUCCGGGUCAGCGGCAGCGACGCCGCCGGCUACUUCAGGGUCUGGAAGGUUCCCAAGCCCAGGAGAAAGCCGGGACGCGCGAGGCAAGAGGAGGGCACGCGCGCUCCCUGGAGGACCCCAGCCGCGCCCUGGAGCUCACGGAGGCGCCGCCAGCCCCUUCGCAAGGCGGCCAGGAAGGCCAGAGAAGUGUGGAGACGGAACGCGAGGGCGAAAGCCAAGGCCAAUGCCAGGGCGAGGAGGACCAGGAGGGCAAGGCCGAGAGCCAAGGAGCCGCCGUGUGCCAGAGCCAAGGAGGAAGCGGGAGCGACAGCGGCAGACGAGGGGCGAGGACAGGCCGCGAAGGAAGACACCACGCCGAGGUCAGGGAAGGACAAGAGGCGAAGCUCCAAGCCCAGGGAAGAGAAGCAGCAGCCCAAGAAGCCCGCACAGCGGACCAUCCAGUAGCCAACGCCGGCUAAAACCGACCGGACAUCUAGCGGGCAGGGGAAGACUCCACUAAAGACUUCCACAAAGACCUCCCCUAAAUCUGAAGGUCUUCCUGAUCCAGUUGGGAAUGCAUCUUGUGGGAGCAGCUUCACUCCCACCACGGACCAAUGCCUUUCCCCCAUAGGCCCCAAGAAGAGCGGCUGUCACACUCAUUGAAAUGAAAUGGACCUCUAGACCA